AUGAGUUCCCAGUACAAUAAUCCCGAAGCUGGCAGUUCCACGCAGCCGAAGGGCAGCGUUUCGAAUUUGACCAGAAACUUAUUAUCUUCAUCACAGCUGCAGGUCGGGAAACCACUGAUCCAGAAAGACUUAUCGACGGGAGUUUUGCAGCUGCAACAAGGUGACGGUAACCGUUCUUCGAGCUAUAACGCAUCGCAUGCAUCGUCAUUCAAUAAAUUCAUACCUACGGAAGGCGAUGAUCGGGGAAAUAACGACCUGAGGUUUUCCCAGUCAAUUGACUAUGCCAACAGUUACACUAACCCCAAUAAUCAUUUCACAAACUUCUCGUAUCCAAAUCAACCGAGUUUCAUAUACCGUAACAGUUCCAAUCCGCAAUAUAUACCACCUAAUAAUGACUCGAUGAAUUAUAUACCUUCGGGCCAUAACACACCCACGACUGUCAGCACCUCGUAUUCGUCGACUAAUUCAUACACGCCGAUGGCAUCGAGCGGAAACACAUAUGGUGUCCAGACACAACCCCAGAAUAUUUCUGCUGCUGCAAGUCUCAGACCUGCUGGACUCACCUCAACGGGGCAACCAACUACAAAUAUUUCAAUUGAAUCAGUAAACACCGCAAACCAGUCGCUCAGAUCCAGUUCAAUUAAUAGCACUAGAAUGCCGCAACCGGGCUCGUUCACAAAUUCCAAUUAUGGGUUUGAAGGUUCGAAAUCCUUUCAAUACCAACCUCAACUGCAAACGAACACAUACGCUUCAAUUCCACCACAGCCAAUGCCCACUAAUACAAGUACAGCUUCGGUGCAAAAUCAGGAAUUUCUAUCUCAACAACUGCAAUUAAAUGCCUACAAUAAUCAGUUUCCACAUUUUUUUCAGGAGCCUGAUCAUUACAUGACAUACAAGGAAUUUUUAGAAAACUUGACAAAUGAUUCAUCUGAAGAAGACGAUAAUGAACAUUUAAAUAUAGUUGACUAUCCCGUUAAUGACUUAAUACUAAUGUUGUCAUGUUUGUUGACUAAGAUAAUUGAAGCUAAUGAUAAAUUGCACCCUAACCAUUUCGAUAAUACAAUUGCAGUUCGUCAGAAAUUGAAAGAGGAAAAGAAGAAGAAAAAGUUGGAAAAAUUAAAACAAAAGCAUGCUUCAGUUGAUUCUCAUAUCGAUCCUGAUGAUUUAAGUAAUGACGAGGAGGAUGACAACGACGAAGAGGAUGAUGAUGAUGAAAUGAAGAAUAAGUAUUUAGCCAACGUAUUAGCAUUUCAUGGUACAAAUGUUCCUGGUAUAUCAUUACAUGCCUAUUUGGCAAGAGUAUUGAAAUAUUGUCCAGUGACAAAUGAAGUAUUUCUAUCAUUAUUGGUGUACUUUGAUCGGAUUGCCAAGAAGGCAAAUAAUCUCAAACAAUUCAAAAGUAAUGAUGAUGAGCAAGACCAAGAGCCUGAAUCAGAACAGCUAUUCGUCAUGGAUUCAUAUAACAUCCAUAGGCUAAUUAUAUCUGGUAUCACAGUUUCAUCAAAAUUUUUCUCCGACAUAUUCUAUAAGAAUUUAAGAUACGCAAAGGUAGGAGGUUUACCAUUAGAAGAGCUAAACUAUCUUGAGUUGCAAUUCUUAUUGUUGUUAGAUUUUAAAUUAAUGAUUUCGGUAGAGGAUUUGCAAAAUUAUGGCGACUUACUACUAAGAUUUUGGAAGCGAGAACAAGUCACUAACGAACUUGUCAUCGGUUCACAAAGUCCUAAUCAGAUGGAUGAAUAA